GGGAAGCUCCACGACCCUCAGCUGAUGGGAAUCAUCCCCAGGAUCGCCCACGACAUCUUCGACCACAUCUACUCCAUGGAUGAGAACCUGGAGUUCCACAUCAAGGUUUCCUACUUUGAGAUAUAUUUGGACAAAAUAAGGGACCUGCUUGAUGUGUCAAAGACAAACCUUGCUGUACAUGAAGAUAAAAACAGAGUCCCCUAUGUCAAGGGCUGCACAGAAAGGUUUGUGUCCAGCCCUGAGGAAGUUCUGGAUGUCAUCGACGAGGGCAAGGCCAACAGGCACGUGGCUGUGACAAACAUGAACGAGCACAGCUCGAGGAGCCACAGCAUCUUCCUCAUCAACAUCAAACAGGAGAACGUGGAGACGGAGAAGAAGCUCAGUGGGAAGCUCUACCUGGUGGACUUGGCUGGCAGUGAGAAGGUCAGCAAAACUGGAGCAGAGGGGGCAGUUCUGGAUGAAGCUAAAAAUAUCAAUAAGUCUCUGUCUGCUCUGGGCAAUGUGAUCUCGGCCUUGGCAGAGGGAACUAAAACCCACGUUCCCUACCGAGACAGCAAAAUGACCAGGAUCCUGCAGGAUUCCCUGGGGGGGAACUGCAGGACCACCAUCGUCAUCUGCUGCUCCCCCUCCGUCUUCAACGAGGCUGAGACCAAAUCCACCCUGAUGUUUGGCCAGAGGGCCAAGACCAUCAAGAACACGGUGUCUGUGAACCUGGAGCUGACAGCAGAGGAGUGGAAGAAGAAGUAUGAGAAGGAGAAGGACAAAAACAAGAGUUUAAAGAAUGUUAUACAGCACCUGGAGCUGGAGCUGAACAGGUGGAGGAAUGCCUUUCUGGGCUUUGAUCUAUUGACCUAUUCCCCUGCCAGUGAGAUAAAUUGGCAAGAGGAAUGGCUGAGCUGUGAAAAGAAAUUAAAGAUCUCCACCCCUGUUUCAUUGCAGGAUGACGAAAUCAACCAGCAGAGCCAGCUGGCUGAAAAAUUAAAGCAGCAAAUGUUGGAUCAAGAGGAGCUUUUGGCCUCCACGAGGAGGGAUUAUGAGAAGAUCCAGGAGGAGCUGACCCGACUCCAGAUCGAGAACGAGGCGGCCAAGGAUGAAGUGAAGGAGGUGCUCCAAGCCCUGGAGGAGCUGGCUGUCAAUUACGACCAGAAAUCCCAGGAGGUGGAGGACAAAACCAGGACCAACGAGCAGCUGGCAGACGAGCUGGCACAGAAGAGUGUAAGAGCAACUUGUUCGUCCUCUUGGUUCUCUCCUUGCACCCUAAAUAUUCCCAAAGGGCUUCCCAAAAACCUGCUGUUGGCAGAUGUGAACGGCGUGAUCGAGGAGGAGUUCACCAUGGCCAGGCUCUACAUCAGCAAGAUGAAGUCGGAGGUGAAGUCUCUGGUGAACCGCAGCAAGCAGCUGGAGAGCGCCCAGAUGGACUCCAACAGGAAGAUGAACGCCAGCGAGAGGGAGCUGGCGGCCUGCCAGCUCCUCAUCUCCCAGCACGAAGCAAAGAUCAAAUCCCUGACAGACUACAUGCAGAACAUGGAGCAGAAGAGGAGGCAGCUGGAGGAGUCCCAGGACUCCCUCAACGAGGAGCUGGCCAAGUUGCGCGCUCAAGAAAAAAUGCACGAAGUCAGCUUCAAGGACAAGGAGAAGGAGCACCUGACGCGACUCCAGGAUGCAGAGGAGAUGAAGAAGGCUCUGGAGCAGCAGAUGGAGAGCCACAGGGAAGCCCACCAGAAGCAGCUGUCCAGGCUGAGGGAUGAGAUCGAAGAGAAGCAGAAAAUAAUCGACGAAAUCAGGGACAUGAACCAGAAGCUGCAGCUGGAACAGGAGAAGCUGAGUGCUGAUUAUGAUAAAUUAAAAAUUGAGGACCAGGAAAGAGAAAUGAAACUGGAAAAGCUCAUACUCCUUAAUGAUAAAAGGGAACAAGCAAGAGAAGACCUUAAAGGGCUGGAGGAAACAGUGGCAAGGGAACUUCAGACUCUUCACAAUCUGCGCAAGCUGUUUGUCCAGGAUCUUACCACCCGUGUUAAAAAAAGUGUUGAACUGGAUAGUGAUGAUGGAGGUGGAAGCGCGGCGCAGAAGCAGAAAAUUUCCUUUCUUGAGAACAACCUGGAACAACUUACAAAGGUUCACAAACAGCUGGUACGUGAUAAUGCAGAUCUUCGUUGCGAGCUUCCUAAGCUGGAGAAACGCCUUCGAGCUACGGCAGAGAGAGUUAAGGCCCUGGAGAGUGCACUGAAGGAGGCCAAGGAAAACGCCAUGCGCGACCGCAAGCGCUACCAGCAGGAGGUGGAUCGCAUUAAGGAGGCCGUGAGAGCCAAAAACAUGGCCCGGAGAGCACACUCUGCCCAAAUUGCCAAGCCCAUCCGCCCUGGUCACUACCCAGCGUCUUCUCCGACGGCCGUCCACGCCAUCCGAGGGGGAGGGAUGUCCAACUCCAGCUACUACCACAACACCAAAUAAACGAGAGGUCAGUUCCACUUAGCAUGUUAAGGACUGUCAUUAAGUCACAUUAGUUUCUUUUUUGCCCCUCUCCAACCCGGUCCACGUCCUGCCCAUCCUGCGCUUCCCACGGCCGUCGGCGACGCCCCGCUCCAGGUACUCCGAGCUUCGUAGGAUCUCCACGUGU